AUGCCUCAGCUGCUGGCUGCAAUGGUAAUGAGAGUUUUGAAGGUAUCAAAGUUUGUACCAUCAAAUUUCUCUGUCUCCAAGAAAAUAGAUGGGUUGGCAGUUGACGACAUUUUUGUGGGACCACCUGUAGAUGUAUGGAACUGGGGUAAACAGGUUGAUCUCACCUCAGAGUCAGACACAAGGUGCACAGGUACAGUAGCAAGACCAAACAGUGAUGAUGUGCUUGUGACUUUGAAAGCCAGUCAAGUGGAGGUGACUGAAAAAAUGGAGAAAUAUAUUUCUCUGUAUCUCGAACAAACAUUUAACAAACAGCAGAGUGCUCAGGGAUCAGGAUUGAUGUUUAUGCAAUUUCUAAAUGAUUUUCUUCUGCACUUUGACAUCUCUGAUUAUUCCCUACAUCCUAGUGAUCAGGUGAUGGCAAACUCUAGUCACUCUGGUGUUGCCAACCUCCUUCCCUGGGAGAAUGGUGUCCCUCCUGAAGUAUUUAGUAGUGCCCUCUACCUUACCCUGAAAACAACCUCCAACAUCAUCCCUAACAUGCAUGUUUCUGAAAUGCACGCUGGACCCUGA